AUGCGAGUUUUUACCACACUCUCUCUUGGUCUUGCAGCUUUCGCCCAUGCAAGCUCAGCUCUGGCAGAUACCUUCACGUACAAUGCAACCAGUUUUUUCCUCAAUGGCGAACCUUUUCAAAUUAUCGGUGGCCAAAUGGACGCCCAGCGUGUCCCAUGGCAAUAUUGGAAGCAACGUCUUGCCAUGGCACGUGCAAUGGGCCUGAACACCAUAUUCAGCUACAUUCACUGGAAUCUAAUUGAGGAUCAACCCGGCCAAUAUAUUACCGACGGAAGCAACAAUAUCUAUUCCUAUGUGCAGGACGCACAUCAAGCCGGCUUGCAGGUUGUGCUCCGUGUUGGGCCUUAUAUCUGUGGCGAACACGAGUGGGGAGGCUUCCCAGCCUGGUUAAACAACAUUGACAACAUGACUGUGCGCUCUAAUAACCCGCAAUUUUUGGAUCGGACCCAGUCCUGGCUCAACUGGUUGGCCGACUGGCUGAACCCCCUGAUGAUUAGCAAUGGCGGCCCCGUCAUCAUGGUGCAGAUCGAGAAUGAAUACGGAUUCUAUGGCGACGAUCACUCCUAUACGGAUGCUCUUGCGGCACAGUUCAACGCCAGCUUUGCUGGUAGUGGUGUUGUCUUUUAUACGAAUGACGGAAGUUCACAAAGCUCCUUACAGGCCGGCGCAAUCCCCGACGUUCUUGCCGAGAUUGAUGGGUCAACUCCAUUAUCCAGUUUCCAAAGUCGAUCUUCUUAUCUUAAUGCCAGCAGCCAGGGUCCUAACUUGGAUGGCGAGUACUAUAUUACCUGGUUAGAUCAAUGGGACCCAUAUACAGCGCACCAAUCCGACGUCAAUAAUAGUCAAGCUAUUGAGAAUGCCCAAUCCACACUCCAGAGCACUGUGACUAGUGGCGAUUCUUUUAGUAUCUAUAUGUUCAAUGGGGGUACGAACUUCGGGUUUCAGAGCGGCUCGGAUUAUGGCAAUGGAACUGAACCUGUCACUACCAGCUACGACUAUGGCGCUCCUCUCGACGAAUCAGGCCGACCCAAUGACAUCUACUAUGCACUUCGUCAGACGCUUGGCCAAUACUCACCAGAUCUGCCUGAUGUUCCACAUAUUGAGCCAAUGAUCUCAAUUCCAUCAAUUGAUAUCGGGCCAUCUUUCUACCUUGGAACCCUUCAACCGGGUGUCGCGGCCAAGGACCGAAUUAUCGUCUAUGUCAAUGGUGUGCGGCAGGGCGUCUUUGACAGUCGGUACCCCAACAAUGCACAACAAAAUAUAUCUGUCACUUUGGAUUCUGGCGACGUCUUGGAUCUCUUGAACGAGAACAUGGGCCGUGUGAACUUUGGUCCGGAUAUUCCAUAUCAAACAAAGGGCAUCUUCGGUGAUGUGACCGUUGGAGGCAGUAGCCUGACAGGCUGGGACGUAUACACACUUCCCUUGGAUAGCGGAAUGGCCGAACCAUCUAGCGCCAGUACACCAACCAACAUCUCGUCCUCAUCAAGCCCCAUAUUCUACACUGGCACCUUUGACCUUCCCACCGUCAGCGAUACCUGGCUGGAACUUCCAGGAUGGACCAAGGGUGUGAUCUGGGUCAAUGGCAACAAUUUGGGUCGUUACUGGACAAUUGGACCCCAGCAAUCUUAUUACUUACCGGGUGUCUGGAUGCAAGAGACAGAUAACGUCAUUCAGAUUCUCAAUUUGGAGCCCACCGGGCAGGAGGGUACAGUUAGUGGUGUAACUUAUCGCUCUUGGUUCAACAGACCGGAUCCCGAUGCUCCUUGA